CACCAGCCACUUCCUUCACUUCGAUGUUGAACUUUGAAGCUCGCUCAAUCUUGUUUUUCCUUCCUCGUUCCUUGGUAGAUAAUCAUAUCUCUCGCUUCCUCAUGAUGGCACUUAAUUCAUUGUCACCACUUUCAAUUAAUAUUAAUUCUCUCCAUGUAUCUUCACGUCCAACUUCCAAGCUUUCAAACUCACUGCACUUUCAUCCAAAAUCCUCUCCCAUUGUAUUAUGUCAAAUGAACUCAAACAGAGAUCAUCCUCAAGAGUCCAAGAAAUGGGGAAAACUGGUUUCAGCUACAUUGGCAGCAGCUGUUAUUGCCUUCAGCUCUGACAUGUCUGCCCUUGCUGAUCUUAACAAAUUUGAGGCUGAAAUCAGGGGUGAAUUUGGUAUAGGCUCCGCUGCCCAAUUUGGCUCCGCAGACCUCAGGAAAGCUGUGCAUGUCAAUGAGAAUUUCAGAAGAGCCAAUUUCACAUCUGCUGACAUGAGAGAAUCCGAUUUUAGCGGUUCAACAUUCAAUGGCGCUUACCUUGAGAAAGCUGUUGCAUACAAGGCAAAUUUUUCAGGUGCUGAUUUAAGUGAUACAUUGAUGGAUCGCAUGGUUCUUAAUGAAGCCAAUCUCACAAAUGCUAUUCUAGUUAGAACUGUACUUACACGGAGUGACCUUGGAGGUUCCAUCAUUGAAGGUGCUGACUUUAGUGAUGCUGUGUUGGACCUUACACAAAAGCUGGCUUUAUGCAAGUAUGCUAGUGGCACAAAUCCUGUCACAGGAGUAAGCACCAGAGUAAGCUUAGGUUGCGGGAACAAACGGCGAAAUGCUUAUGGCACCCCAUCAUCUCCACUUCUAAGUGCUCCACCACAGAAACUGCUUAACCGAGAUGGUUUCUGUGACGAAGCAACAGGUCUUUGCGAUUCAAGUGAUAAGUAGUUUUUUGGAGUAAUCAUAGCUGAAAGGCCACAUUCUUGUAAAUAUGUCAGGGACUACAUUUGAGGCCUUUGUACCCCUUUUGGAGUUCUAAGAGCAUAUCAGCUUUGAAAAAAUGAAGUCCUUUCUUAAAUUUCCCUAUUUAUCCUGUCUUGGGUAUUUUUUGUCUCUGUAUCUAGUUAGCUGCCUAGCUGCAACUAUUUUGUGCAGCCAUUUUUCUCCCAUGUAAAAUCUAUUCUGAUUUUCUUGAUACGGAGUUAUGCUACGUGUUUUGGUCAUGAAUUCUCCUCCUUAUGACAUAUAUAUAACUUUGAUGAAUCUUGAAGAUCAA